AACAUGAACAUUUCCAUGAUUUAUGAAUAUUUUCACCUAAUUGUAAUCUAUAAUUAAUAAUUAUGUAUAAAAGGAGGCCAAUCUCUCACAUAAAUUAAGUACAACUGACAUUUAAUUUGAUAUGCUUAAAAUCGAUUAUUUAUAAAAUAUGGUCCAAUUUAAGAAGCAUUAUAAAUUAUUACCAUUUAAUAUUGCUUGUGUUAUUAUGUCUAGGUAUAGUGUCUAAUUUAACGGUAUAAAAAUUUGUUCUGUCUAUAUAGAAACGCUUUUAGAAAAUAUGUUCAUGGCCAUAGAUUAAUAAUUAAUUAAAUUGUUUUAGAUUUAUAAGUUUCACUUAUAUUUCUUUCACACUUAUUCGACAUAUACAUUAUAGUUGACAAGGCAACUACGGCCUACGGGUCGAUAAAAGUGUUAAAAUUAAACCCGCAACGUUAUUAUGCGAAUAAAAUUUGUUGGAAUUCGUUCCUUGUGGAAACAGAUAAGAUGCGCGCAUUAGUGUCACCGCAUGUUUAUUUAAAUACUCUCCAACAGACCGUUAAAUAAUUAGCAAACCACAAGGUAAUUAAUAUUUAUUAUUCCUCUACCGACUGCAGUAUGCCACUAUAUAGACAGUAUAAUAUAGUCUAUAUAAUAGUAUUAUAGUUGUACUGCACUUGUACGUGUGGCUCAGUCACGAUGUCGCUUCUCAAGUGUAAUGUUGUGCUCCUAAGUUUGAUGGCCGUGACAAGUGGCGCUGUUAACUAUAAUGCCGCGUCGAUCAGGGAAGUGGCCGACGACGUGAUGGUUCACGGCGAAGGGCCGUUUUGGGAUUCUGAGAACAACGUAUUGUAUUUCGUCGACAUUUCACAGCAUCGCGUUUACAGAUUUUACGAAAACCGUUUGGAACAUGUUCAAUUAGACGGCGAUGUGGGUUUUGUGAUCCCGGUUCGCGGACAACAAGGCCUGUUUGUCAUCGGACUGGGAACGACGUUGGCUAGUCUCCGGUGGAAUCUCAACGAGAGCACUAACAAAGUCGUUAAGCUGACCACCGUUGACAACAAUAAACCAGGCAACCGAUGGAAUGAUGCAAAAGCGGACACCAACGGGUACUUGUGGGCUGGCACCAUGGGAUUCGAGGACGCUGCUGGAAAUAUCCCACCGGGGCGUGGGACUUUGUACAAGCUAAACGACACCAGUUGUUUCAAAAGCCUCGAACCCGUCUUACCGGGUGUUUCCGUUUCCAACGGGCUUGCGUGGAACGACGGCAAUACAAAGAUGUAUUACAUAGAUUCUCCGACCAAGCAAAUAGUGGUUUUCAACUACAAUCCUGUUACGGCUUCUAUUUGUAAUGCGAACCGCAAAACGUUCUACGAUUUCAAGACCGACAACAUACCGGGCGUCCCGGACGGUAUGACCAUCGACAGCAACGGUGAUCUCUGGAUAGCUAAUUACAAUGGCGCUCAGGUGCUGCAUGUGAGUGGAACCAGUGCAAAGUUGUUGGGCAAGUUGAAGAUCCCCGCCGAAAAGGUUUCAUCUGUCACGUUUGGCGGACCUCAGUUGGACAAACUGUACGUAACGACAAUUAGUCGUGGAGUGACACCAGAACAAUUCAAUGAGUAUCCGAUGACGGGAAAGGUAUUAGAGGUAUCUGGUCUCGGAGUCAGAGGCACAAAGAAUAAUCGAAUACGUGAAAAAUGUUUCCGACAGCCGUAAAUGUUUACUAUCGUAAGCUAAAAAGUAAUUUGUGCUUUACUACAAAAUGACGUGUCCCGACCUCCUAUUGUACAAAAAACAAUUCGUAAUAAUUGUAACGUAAUUUAGUAAAUAUUUAAUUGUAUUUUAAUUAUUGUCUUUGUGAUUUUGUCCGUGACUUUUAUGAUUGUAGUAUAAUUGUAAUACUUGCUUGCAUUGUCACCGUCUGAAUGUAUAUAAUAUGUACCUACUUUGUUAUACACUUAUACAUAAAUUAAGACAUUAUAUUCAACUACGUAUUUGAUAAUUUAUGUAUUUUCUAAUAGAUACAUAUUAGCAGUAACUAUAACCCACUUGUAGGAGCAUUUUGUAUACUGUCAUAUUUAAAUUAAAAAAUAUAUAUACCUAUUCGAGUAAUUAUAGGCAGACACAGAUAAAAUAUUAAUAAUAUUAUAUGUUUAUAAUUACUUUAUUUAAAGUCGAGUUAUUUCAAAGUCCAUCUGUGAAGUUUUUAUCUAGUAAGAUAAUGGUUGAUAAAAUAAUUGUUAACUUAUUCACAGAACUAUAGAAGUAUAUGUAUUUUUAAAGUUAAUAUUAUAUUAACAAUAUAAGUGUUCAAUAUACAUGCAAAUUAAUAAAAUAUGAUGUGUUAUGAUUUAUAUGUCUAUAAAGAAAAUGAGAAAAAAGUGUUUAUAAA